UUUUCUUUUUGUUUCCACCUUGAGAGGGUCCUUACUGGUAUCUAGAGAACAAAUAUAUAUUAGGAAUAAUUUAUAUUUAAAAAACAAAAUAAAAACUAUUUGGCAAUAGUAACUUAAUUAUGAUUACAAGUUUAACAUAUUUAGUAACAUAAUGUUUGUAGGCGAGCAAAAUAUUUGAUCAACUAUUUGUCCAUGCAAGCAUUAAUAAACAUGAAAAUCUUUUUCAAUUUAUAUAGAUAUUUAUAAAACUGUAAUUUAAUUACCUGAAGGUUUUUAUCCUUGAUGUAAGUUUUAUAUUUUCCUCUUGUAAAAGAGGGGGAAUCUUUUUUUCUUUUAUCAGACAUGUUAUUAUUUGUCACUAAAAAUAUACUUGGCACAGUCGAUUGAAAAUCAAAAGCGAAUCUUUUUAAAAGUUUUAUCUGUACAUUUGUUCAACACGAACGGCCUGUUCGUCCGAUCUGGGUUUACUCGGAGCAGACUCAAGCAAACCUGGCCAAUCACCGUCUUGCUUUCUGUCUUAAUACUAAAUUAGUAUUUGCUUUGGUGCUUAUAGUGCUUGAAGCAUUAUUUCAACCUUGUUGUUUAUUAAAUAUUAAACAAAAACAAAUGAUACUCUUACGAGCGCUGCGAGUGCCAAAGCGAACGCAGCCAUACACUCGCAUGCAUAUAUAUAUAUACAUAUAUAUAUAUGUAUAUAAUGCAUGCGCAGAGGAGAACGUAUCAUACGUAUGGAUAGACGUAGCCGGUCUUUGUUUCACGCGUGUUAUCUCGGCAUCCCUAAUUUUGUUGAUUCUGUUAUUAGUGCCACAGAUUUUUACUGUGCACAUCAUGUUUAUUAUUAAUUGUAAGAACGAUGGUUCUUAUUGCCUAGUGAAUGAUAACGCGGUGAUUUGUGAUUACGAAAGUGUAAAGAAAGGAGAUGCAGUCACAUUUUUUUACAAUCAAAAAUCAUACCAGGGAGUUGUUAUUAUGCGAUCUGAUAACGUAUCAUCCAUAGAAGAAGAAUUUCAGAAGUUAAAUAAACGUCAAAAACUGAGAAAAACUAAUCGAAAACGAGAGGCAUCAAAUAGUCCAGAUGAUAAUUGUGAUAGUGACGUACAGCAAAGUGAUGAACCUGCACUGAGCCAAAAAAAGAAAAAUUCUUCAAAGGACGAUCAAAUCAAAAAGUCUGGUACAAAAAGAAAUGUAAAGGGGAAAAAGAUAGAUGUAAAAAAAAAUAGUAUAGCACAUCAGAGGCAAGUGCAGACAACUUUUAAUCAUAAAUAUAAGGCUCAAAACGAUGUACAUGCACAGCUAUCGUUGUCGUCUGAUACGAGCACUGAUGAAGAAAAUACCGAAACAAGAAAGACCCAGUACUCAGCUACAAAGAAAGCUGACAUUAGGGCUUUAAAUACAUUGAAUGUCACAAAAAAAAGGGAAGGCAGUCCUACCAAAGAAGAACUCAAACGACUACUGCAAAUAGCAUUGGACAAGUCAUCAAAAUCGUUAGAGGAUGAUAUUGAUACUUCUGGUGACGACACAAAUUCGUCGAUACAAUUACAGCAUGACAUUGCUACAAAAUCUAACAACAACGAUAAUAGUACUAGCGACAACAAUAAGGAUGAGGCUGACAAAGAAAAUGAUAUGUUUGUAUUGCCGGAUGAUAGUACCGAUCAAUUAUUUGGAAAAAAUUGCCCAGACGAUAAGAUGAUGCUGUUAAUGAGUGAGAUUUACUGCCAAAAACGCGUCCUUAUGUCAGCGAUAGCAUCGUCACUUAAACCAUCUCAUCUAGCUCGUCGACUACUUUCUGGCGUUUUUAAGCCUGAAGCUCUUUUGCGGUGUACGAUAACAGGUCAAUCUGUUCGAUCGCUAGGAAAGACUCGAUAUGAAGAAAAAUUCGACUGCCUUGAUCCUAUCGCACGAGAUGCUAUUAUUGGUAAGCAUUAUAAUUUGCAACAGCAAAGAAUUAAUAACAAUUUUCAAAAAUUGAUUUACUCUUUCAGAUUAUUCUAUAAAACAUGGAGUUGCAAAACAGUGGCCGACACAAGAAAAAAAAACUAUUAUUGCUGCAAUGUCCCAGCGGUUGGGGGAAAUGCGGAGGACAGAGAAACUUAACAAAGCUGAACAAAAAUAACAAGCGACUUCUAUACUCGCAUCUUUAAAGACAUUUUUUUUUAAUAAAAAAUAAUAUUUAUUUCAAUUUUUAUUCCACACAAAACAUUCCAUUCAAAGAUAUAUACACUACCGCUUAAAAAUAUUUGUCUAUACUUAUUUAACUUUUUUAAUUCAAUGAUGAGAAUUUUAAAGAAGAGUGAAUUUCAAUCUUCUCUCCUAAUGAUCUGGAUGUUAAUAAUAAUCUUGAUGGCUCAAAAUAUUACAUUAAACAUAUACAGGGUGUUCCGAAAUUCGCAAAUAAAAAUACUAUACCAAAAAUCUCGAAUAAUUAAGUAAAAUAGUUAUUUGCAUGUAUUUUUUCAAACAGUAACUUUUUAGAUAUUUUAAUCUUAUAUCUCAAAAAUUACUGUUUAAAAUAAUACAAAUAAUUAUUUUACUUAAUUUUGUCGAGAACUUUUUUGCUACAUCAGUAUUUUUAUUCGCAAAUUUCGGGACACUGUACAUGUUUAAUGUAAAUAAGCCAUGAAGAUUAUUAUUAAACAUUUUUUAAUUAAACAUUUUAUUAUUAAACAUUUUAUUUUAAACAUUUUAUUAUUAAAUAGGAAAUUAGAAAAGAAGAUUGAAAUUCAUUUUUCUUUAAAAUUUUCAUCAUUGAAUUAAAAAAGACAAAGUGGGCAAAUACUUUUGAGCGUAUGAUAAAAAAUUUGACAAUUUAUUUUAUUUUAUUCAUUUGUCAUUAUUACACAAUUGUGAUAAAAAAAUUUUGUUUUAUUAUAAAAAGCUAUCUUAUGAUCUGCUUUGUAACGUAAAUGGCAAUUACAAUAUUUUGUUUUUAUGCUUAAGAACAAAUGAUAGCAGUGUUUAUUUCAUAAGAGAUCGUUGUAGCGGUAAGAAAUUUAAUAAUUGUUAUGUAAUUUAUGCUAUAUAUAAUUUUUUGUUUAUACAUUAAUUUCUGUUGCAUAGGAUGCUUUGUGUAAAAAUAUACGUGUAUUAAGUAUAAAAUAUAUAUGUAUUUACUUUGCCUAAAAAUGUAAUAUUUAUAUUUGAUAAGACUAAAACAUGUUUAUAUUAUUUUUAUUGCAGUAUAAUAUAAUAAUGUAUAAUGCAUAAACGGUGAUGCAUAAUUAUGCAUGAAUUUUAUCAAUGGUAUAAUCAUACAUCGUAAUGCACGAUUGUACAUCGUAAUGCACGAUUGUACAUCGUAAUGCACGAUUGUACAUCGCAAUGCACGAUUGUACAUCGCAAUGCACGGUUGUACAUCGCAAUGCACAAUUGUACAUUGUAAUGCACGAUUGUACAUCGUAAUGCACGAUUGUACAUCGUAAUGCACGAUUGUACACGGCCAAAAUUCGUGCAUGAUUAUGCAUCGUCGUUUAUGCAUUAUUUUGCAUUAUUAUGCAUUAUUAUUUUUAAACGGGAUAUAUAAAAUUAAUUAUUAAUAUUUUUAAAA